CGGCAAAACCCCUAAUGGUGGCGACACACAGACAGACAUUGGAGAAUUUUAGCCCUUUUAGGGAAUUAUUCGAGCCGUAUCAGCAAAUUUGUUUCAUUUUCUUAAAGAAGAGAGAAUAAACAGGAACUGUUGCAUCAAUGGCAGAAACCGUGGGAGUGCAACACUAUGACAACAGUGCAGCACAAAUCAUUGUAAUAACAGCAAAUGAUAAUGAUUCAAUUGUACAAGAUAGUAUUGUAGAAGAAUGGAGCGAUGUAGCAACAGAACAAAUCAUUGUGGAGACACCAAUAGAUGGUGACACAACUGAAGUUGUCACAAUGCCAGUUAUUGAAAUUCAAACAACAGAGACGUCUGAACAAGGAAUCACUGAUGGCGACGAUGUGUCUAUCCAAGAGACAACAACAUCAAUCCCGAAAUCAUCAAAGAAUGAGAUGAAAUCCAAACUCAUGUCAUCACACCCCACCAGACAUCAAGAUAAUAGUCUUAUUAAUGGAAUUGAAGUACCAACAUUGGACCCUGCAAGUCACUUUGAAGCUUGGACAGCAGACUCAGCAGAAAGUGGGACACAUGAAGACAAUCUAUUGGGCCUGGAAGGCCAACAAUUUAUUUUUGUUGCCCAGCAACCAGACACAAACAGUGCUAGUACACAAACCGAGUUGUGUAUGAGAGCAGCAACAAAAAGAGAGCGAGAUCGACUUAAAAAAAGAGAAUUGAGAAAAUGUCCAGAAUUUAGGGAGCGGGAAAAGGAACGAGCCAGAAUGCGAAUGCGAGCCAAGAGGCAGGAUUCUGAUUACAGGACCUCAGAAAGGGAAAAAGACCGAAAGAGAAGACGAAUGGCACGGCAACGAAAUGCUCUGAUAAGAAGCAUGGAAAGAGAACGAGAUAAACAAUGGAAAAAAAUUGUUCGAAGCGUAACCGGACCGGCUGUGCUGACAGAGAUAGAAAUGCCCUGAGAUUUUCACAUGUUACAGGACAUGGUCUUUUGUAUGGACACAUAUUUUUAUUUAUUUUUACUGAUAUUUAAAAAUGUUAGUAUGUAAGUGGGUUAAUAUAGUACAGUCAACAUAUAGGAACAGUUUCUAAUGCUGACUGUGAAGGUGAAAUUUUAUACAAACCUCCCGAGAUGUAGUGAGAAGUCAGUCCUGAUUUGUCUUACAAAUUCUUCCACAUAGUUUAUUUCAACUAGGAAACAUAAUGCUUGCCGUUACCCGUGGUUACAGCAAAUGCAAAGUUUGAUUUAUUUAUCAUGUAUCAUGUAUGAGAAAUAGAUCCACUUAUUCUUCUCUCCACAUUCAUUAUACUUUGAAAAUUCAAGAUGCGAUAUUGAUACAUGCAGUCAGCUAUGCUACACUGACAAUUCUGUCUUGUUUUGAUUCCUCAAGGUGUGGAAAAUCAGCAAGAUAAUUCUAAUAUAA